AUGGCCAGUGUGCUGUCCCGGCGCCUCGGGAAACGGUCCCUCCUGGGAGCCCGGGUGUUGGGGCCACCCGGGGCUGCCCCACCUUCGGAGCCGCAGGCGGAGCUGCUGGAGGGGGUGGCUCCCCAGCCCUUCUUCACCUCCAAGGACACGUCCUGUCAGGAGCAGCCCAAGGAAGUCCUCAAGGCUCCCAGCACCUCAGGCCUCCAGCAGAUGGCCUUUCAACCUGGGCAAAAGGUAGGAUGGUGCCUGAGUGGACAGGUGUAUGUGUGGUACGGGGGGCAAGAGUGCACAGGACUGGUGGAGCAGCACAGUUGGGCAGAGGACAAGGUGACGGUCUGGCUGCUGGACCAGAAGUUACAGAUCUGCUGCAAAGCGGAGGAGGUGUGGCUGGCCGAGCUGCAGGGCCCCAUUCCCCAGGGGCCACUUCCGGAGCAGGGAGCCCAGGCGCAAGCCUACAGGCCUGUCUCCAGGAACAUUGACGUCCCCAAAAGGAAGUCCGAGGCGGUGGAAAUGGACGAGAUGAUGGCGGCCAUGGUGCUGACGUCCCUGUCCUGCAGCCCGGUCGUGCAGAGUCCUCCUGGGGCCGAGGCCAACUUCUCUGCUUCCCGUGCGGCCUGCGACCCGUGGAAGGAGAGUGGCGACGUGUCCGACAGCGGCAGCAGCACCACCAGCGGGCACUGGAGUGCGAGCAGUGGCGUUUCCACCCCCUCGCCCCCGCACCCCCAGGCCAGCCCCAAGUAUCUGGGGGACGCCUUUGGUUCUCCCCAAACCGAUGCUGGAUUUGAAACUGAUCCGGACGCUUUCCUGUUGGACGAACCAGCUCCACGUAAAAGAAAGAACUCGGUGAAGGUGAUGUACAAGUGCCUGUGGCCAAACUGCGGCAAAGUCCUGCGCUCCAUCGUGGGCAUCAAGCGCCACGUGAAGGCCCUCCACCUGGGGGACUCUGUGGACUCCGACCAGUUCAAGCGGGAGGAGGAUUUCUACUACACGGAAGUGCAGAUGAAGGAGGAAGCAGCUGCUGCUGGCACCCCCUCCGCCGACUCAGCCCCCACCCCCGGUGUGACCAGCCCGCCCCUCGCCAUUCUUCCACCGCCUCCUCCCAAAGGCCAGCCCCAGGGCCCAGAGCACCCUGGCCUGGAAUCCUACCUGCCCUCCGGUGCUCUCAGCAAGUCAGCUCCCGGCUCUUUCUGGCACAUUCAGGCCGACCAUGCAUACCAGGCCCUGCCGUCUUUUCAGAUCCCCGUCUCACCGCACAUCUACACCAGUAUCAGCUGGGCCGCCGCCCCCUCCACGGCAUCCUCCCUCACUCCGGUCCGGAGCAGGUCGCUAAGCUUCAGCGAGCCCCAGCAGCCACCACCUGCCAUGAAAUCUCACCUGAUUGUCACGUCUCCACCCAGGGCCCAGAGCAGCACCAGGAAGGCCCGCGGGGAGGCUAAGAAGUGCCGCAAAGUGUACGGCAUUGAGCACCGGGACCAGUGGUGCACAGCCUGCCGCUGGAAGAAGGCCUGCCAGCGCUUCCUGGACUGAACCGGCCGGCCGGCUCCCCCUCGCUGCUCCGGCCCCACGGCAGCCAGAUGACAAAAGGCGGGCGGACCCGUGAGCCCUCAGCAGACACCUACCGAUAAAGAGUGGACACUGGGAGUGUGGGCUCUCUUGGCUAAGGUUUAAUACUUAAACCCCUUUUCCCUCCCUUGUGGGCACAUUUUAUUUUUUAAAAA